AUGAAGUAUAUCUCGAUCACCAACAUCGGGGACGAGGCGUUGAUCCUGCAUCAAGACCAACGGAUCGCGAUCUGGCUGGCCGGAGAUCAUGUGCCGCGAAUACCCGGUUUCAUCUCGAUCGGGUCUCGUCGCUACAUGGAGUGGCAGAAUCUAGCGUUAGAAGCCACGACAGACGCUCGAUCCGAAGAUAUGGAGAUCGAAGCCCCGCUAGAGCCCGCGGUAGAGCGACCCGAGUAUAAAACUUCGCGCACAAUACUCCAGAGGCCGAAGACGACGUCGACCAUGUGUCGGAAAAUCGAGGCGGGUCAGGAUCAAGACGUUCCCGACUGCCUGCCUUCGGACAACUCGCUGUCGGAUAUGUCGCCGUCGGACAAAUCGUCGUCGGAGAUUCGACCGUUGGAUCUAGCGUCUGUCGCAAGUGAGGAGUCAGAUCUGUCGUCUAUCGCAGAUGAAGACUCUAUAUCGCAUGCCGUAGCGGUCAAGGAGGCGCUAGAAGAUCUCGAUCAAGCAACGCCAGACGUGUGGGCGACUGAUUCGCCAUUGGAAGAAACUACAAGUGCAGUAGAGGCGCAAGAAGAAGAGGGCGCAUCGGAUCUGAACCUCACCUGGGACUCAGAUCAAGAUUACGAUGAAUGUGUAUACUACCAUGAAGGAAGUGAUCCGUACGCGGAAGAUGUUAACGGUCGGAUGGCGGUAUUGCCUGAAGUGCCCGUGGCGUCGGAAGAUGUGAAGAUCGAGGUCAUUCAGCUAUGUGGAUCUGAUAGUCAGACCCCAGAAGAAAUCGAUCGACUUCACCAAAGGAUCUGGAAGUUCCGGCACCUCUUGAUCAGUAAAGGUAAUGCCCUGCCGCCAGGCGCCCGAGGUGUUGUAUGCGACAUCAAUGUCGGAGGAGCGAGGCCUAUCGCCCUGAAGUGUCGUAAGUUGCGGAUCCAGUUCAGGGAGAAGCUGGCGGACUUGAUCAAGGGUCUAUUAUCUGCCAAGAUGAUCAAUUAUUCUAGAUCACCGUGGCUUCCCCGAUCGUGGUCCUUGAUCAACGACUUACUUGAAGAUCUGGAGUCGACGCUCUGGUACUGCUCGUUGGAUAUGGCGAGUGAAUUUUGGGUAGUGAAAAUGACGGAUCGUGCUCGUUUGAUAUCGGCUUUUAUCACUCCCUUUGGACUAUUUGAGUGGAAUCGAAUGCCCUUCGGGUUGAAGAAUGCGCCCCAGAUCUAUCAAUGUAUGAUCGAUAACGCGCAAUAUGGAUUCACCCGGAUCUCGAAGUCUGAAGAUCACGGAGGUACUUUGGACGUGUUUGAGGAUGGGGAAUCGGUGGAUCCAGGCAAGCCAUCGGUGCUUGGGCGUAGAUUAUACAUCGACGACAUCCUGAUCCCAGCCAAUAACUGGGAUCAACUAUGUGAUCGAGUACUCGAAGCGUGCGAUAAGUGGAAUCUGUCGAUCAGUGUGGUUAAGCGUUUCUGGGGAAUGUCUACGGUGGAAUAUCUGGGUCAUAAGGUCUCGCACAAUGGACUGGAGACGAGCCCGAAAGAUCUGUCGGCAUUGACUGAUCUAGCAUUCCCGGGAUCACUUGGAGUCAUGCAGUCAUUUUUGAGAAGUCUAAACUAUUACAGCCGAUUUAUCGAAGACUACGCGAUCUACGCGUCAACCGCCCAAGCACAGAUCCAACAAGUGCUAGAAGCGGAGAAUGUGGAUCCAGGAUCACGGGAGGAUCAAGUGAUCGACCACCAAAAGACUCUGGAUCAGGAGGCACAAGACCUCACUGGAGUGGAUUCACGUUGGAUCCACGCCUAUCGAUCUUUCAGCGUGUUUAAGUCCAACAUUGCCACUACUCCGAUCUUACGACACUUUGAUCCGGAUCCAAGAGCUACGGUUGUGGUGUAUGCUAGUGACUGGGCCAUUUCAGGAUCACUGAUACAGGAGUAUGACAAGAUCUACUACCCCGUGAUUUUUGCGAGCCGUACCUUGUAG